AUGAUUGAGAAUAAAUGUAAAUCAUUUGAAAAUCUGCUACCUACAACUACAACGAAACAAUCACAUACACAGUUUCCCGAACAUUUUGAAAAGCAUCGUAGUAAACUUCAUCGUAUGUCUCUAUUUUUAUGUUUUUUACUUUCAAAUGAAUAUUUUUCGGAUUUUAUAGGUGAAUUGGCCAUGCGUUGGCCAUUUCGUACUGAUUUACCAGAUUCUAUAUCGAUACCACCGACUAUUUCUAAAUCUACUGCCCAUUCAAAUAUGCAUGAUGGUAAUAAAUCCAAUAUGACAUUCGGUGAUAAUGAUAAUCUACGAUCGAAUAAUUUAACAUCAACAAAUCAUAUUGGAUUAAUUGGGAAAAAACCUGAAACAAUUAAUCGUAUAAUACCGACUGAUGACCAAUUUUCAUCUGAUGAACGUCAACAACAUAUUGAAUGGAUAUUAAAAGCACAAGAAGGUAUUAUUACUUAUCAAUUACCUGAUGGUUUACCUGAUGGAUUUGCUUUAUAUAAUAAACUUCAAAAAUUAAUGAAAACAAAUACAAUCUAUUUAAAUGAUAGAUACUUUUGGACAACAUUAGAAAAUCGAUUUAAAAAUUUAAGAAAAGUAUCUUAUUAA